AUGACGUCCUCAGGUGCGACGGGUGACAAUGAGCCGGCACAUCCUCCGCCGAGCAGCCUGGACUCCCUCAGCAUGGCCUUCCCGUCGGCUGAUCAAGCAUGCAAGGAGUGCCGGAGGCGGAAAGCCAAGUGCAACCGGGCGAUUCCGACGUGCAACUUGUGCGUAAAGUACCGCCGGCACUGCUUGUAUGAGAAACACGCCCGCACACCGUUGACAAGGAAACACCUUACGGAAGUAGAAGAGAGGUUGGAGCGGGCCGAAGCUAUCAUAACACAGAUGAGAGCGUUGAUGCCGGCUCAGCUAAGAUCGGGAUCCGUGCUACCUAGCCCGAGGAACCUGGAAACGCCGGCGCUGAGAAGUGAUGAUGAGACUUUUGACUUCUCAAAGCUGGACACACCGGCGCCGUCGAAUCCGGCUCCCCUUCCAGCUUCCCUUCCCGUCCUCACAGCCAACGGGCCCGACGCACUCCCGCAAUGCGAAGCUGCCCAUCCUGAGCCGUCACAGCCAUUCCAACCAUCACAAAUACCACAGAAUCAUGUCUCGUCCUCAGUCCCACCGUCCUCCAACAUGAGAUUCGAACCCCCACGGGCCUCGAGAACUGCUCAAUAUAAACCUCACACUGACACAUCGCACAGAGACCUCAACCUCCUCGAGGCUCACCCCACAGACGACUUCGAAUGGGACGAGCAAGAGACCCUGACAAACUACUCGGCGUCUCCCGAGGCCAUCUUAGAAGCCGACUUGAACGGCGAAGUAAUCGCAGAUCCUAUCGCAGACGGCAUGGCCUCGCUCGCCGUCAGCGAAAGGGAAUCAGGCUACCUCGGCGUCGCCUCCGGCGCAGCCCUCCUCCGUCUCCUAGAACCAUCAACACCAAGACGAAGAACCCAAUCCUCCUCCUCAAGACCAGGCAUAGGUGUAGGACCCCAGCAGCAGCAGCAGCAGCAGCACAUCAUCAACCACUUACAAAACCCACUCAUCGCGCAGCAGCCAGACCCCAACAGACACAUCACAGACGCAAUGAUAGACGCCUACUUCCGCCUCUACCACGUGAGCUACCCCAUCAUCCACGAAGCCACCUUCAGAGCGCAGUACGCCGGCGUCAUCCCCCGCCCCAGCGGCGACUGCUGGCUCGUCCUGGCCUACACCGUCGCCGCCAUCGGCGUCUACACCACGGCCGCGAACCUCGACAACCUCGACACCUCGCUCUUCGCGCAGGCCCGCUCGAUCCUGUCCUUCAACUUCCUCGAGGUGGGCAACCUGACGCUCGUCCAGGCGCUCACCCUCAUCUCCAACUACCAGCAGAAGCGGGACAAGCCUAACUCCGGGUACAACUACCUCGGCCUGGCCGUGCGCAUGGCCAUGGGGCUCGGUCUGCACAAGGAGUUCCAGGGGUGGAAUAUCUCGCCUUUGAAUAUGGAGAUUCGACGGCGGGUGUGGUGGUCGUUGUGUGUGUUCGAUGUCGGGGCGACCAUCACUUUCAGCAGGCCGUCCGUCUGGCCGUACGAAGGCGUCGAGGUCUCGUUGCCAUUGAACGUCGACGACAAGUCAUUAACCGCCAUCUCUAAGUCAUACCCUCCAGAAACAGACGGCAUAACCCCCUACACAGCCGUCCGAACCCAAGCAAGCUUCCAUAUCGCCACAACACCAAUUUACACCAGGGUGAUCUCAAAGCCCCUUCCCUCCCCAGACGAGAUGCUACGACUAGACGAAGACCUCCUUGAUCCAUGGCUAGCAAGCGUUCCGUCCUACUUCUCCUCCACAAGCCGCGUGCCGCCAAAGUACGCUCUCGCCCAUGCCGUCAUGAACUGGCGGUACAGAAACCUCCGAAUCAUCAUGUACCGCCCCUUCGUCAUCCGUCGGGCCCUACGAGCCCGCGAUAGACGACCAGAUGACUCGCCGGAUAACGUCCGCGCUUUCGAAAAGUGUUUGGCAGAGGCCAAGGCAACCAUCACCAGCAUCAGCGAGUUCUGGCAACGGAACGAGCACAACCGUCUCGGUGCCUGGUAUGCCCUAUACUUCCUGUUCCAGGCAGCCCUUAUACCCUGUAUUUGCCUCCGCAAUGACCCAGCAUCCCCCAAUGCCCGAGACUGGCAGGAACAAAUUACGACCACAACACGCUGCAUAGCCGCUCUCGCGCCCGUGAACUCCAGCUCAUCUCGAUGCUACCAAGUCAUCAUUGACCUCUGUGGCAGGUUUCUGGACAGCAAUGAUAUUGCGCUGCCCGUAGCCCCAUCCGCGACAGCUCCGGCAGAUUCCACAACGUCUCCUAGCUAUGAGGACAAUGCGGCACAACCUUCGGCUCCUGAGCCCAUAGAUGAGAGCCCUCAGACCCAGAUUAACAGCGUUUUCUCUAUGAUGUGGCCUAAUGUGCCUCCCUUAGAAGCGGCUGACGUCGUCAUGGGCGACGACGCGUGGAUGGAGUUCCUCAAGGGAGGGACAAGUGGUGAUGGUGAUGGGAUGUGGUUCGGGAGCUAG